AGCAAACCCCCAGCAGCAUCGACGAUUGCCAUGCUUGGUGCGUUCAGCAAGAGAAUGCUGUCACAGCGGCGUGUUCUUCGCCACGCGUCGGUGGACCCCCGUGGGGCCGUUGUCGCGGUGAUGCUCUUGGCUGGCGCGACGUUGACAAAGGAGACGACUGCAUCGAACGAAGAGGUAAAGGAAUCCAGCGCGGAGAAGAAGAAAAAAGAAAAGAAGAAGACGCAUUGGCACACGAGGCAGCGCCACGAAGAGUCGGACAAACAAGCCGUGCUCCUCAAGGACAGUUUGAAAAAGUACAAGGAGGACAUCGUGGCGUUUGACAGCGUCGCGUCCCGCUUCGACACGUUUGCGACAGCCAUGACCAAGGACAAGGAUGCGAACGGUGUGCGCCGCAAAGCCAUGACGUUCACGGGUGUGGUAUCCUCCUCUCGUUCGAUUCCUCAUCUCGAACCCCCUCCAGAUUUUCUCCAUUCACUCGUGCUUCCCCGUUUUCGCCUCUCCCAUCCCCCCCGCUCUGCCCAGUACACUUGUCCAUUCGUCGGAGACGCCGACGGAUUGAUCACAUAUGAAGAGUGCCACUUGCUCUAUCACUUGCUCGAAAUUCCCGUCGAGCACUUCGAAGUGGCUUUUCACAUGUUCGACCUCGACGGCAACGGGACUGUGGACAAGACCGAGUUCCUCGAAGUUUUAUCAAGCGUCCUGAACAAUAUCAAGGACAUUCGAACGUCCGCGUCGGGAACCGGCGACGAUGCGGUACAAGGUUCGUCUUUUCCACACACUCUACACCGCCAUGCCAAUCGUCGAGCGCUCCUCGAGCGAGACGCCCCGCUCCCUCCCUUGUCGCAGCAUGCGGAACGCUGCUCUUGCGACUCCAUAUGCGCUCCCCAACGUGCUGAAUGGUGUGUGCACGUAGUCGAAGCGUCGUACCACUUCCUCCUCCACUUUUUUGGAAAGAACGGAAAGAAGAAGAUCACAGCGCGCGAGUUUGUCGCCGUCGUCCAGUCGUUGAAAGAGUCGUUGUUGCGCGCGGAAUUUGACAUGUAUGCGACCAAGGACUCGGUGGUCGCGGGAACGGCGCCGUCAGCCAACGCCAAGGAAGGCACGAUCUCGGUCCAUGACUUUGCCGUCACGAUGAUCUCGUGCUUUGACCCCAAGCACUUGCCAGCCAUGCUAGACCGCUUGCAUCUUCUUCGCGCCACCGACGAGCGUGUGAGCUGGACCGAGUUUCGCGAAUUCCACAGCGUGAUUCAGAAUCAUUUGGCCGACAUCAAGCUCGCGUUUGAGCUGCAGCGCGGCGGCGACGAGAUCACCGAAGAUGACUUUAUCAAGGCGGCAUACAUUGUGAGCGGCGAGCGUCUUCCGGCGCACGUUGUGUCGAUGGCAUUUCGUGUGUUUGAUAUGGACGGCAAUGGAUCCCUUGACCACGAAGAAGUCGUUCGGGUUCUCUCGGCGCGCAAUAACCAAGCCACAUUUCGCAAGAACGCCCCGACGUGGCCACCAGCCAAGUUCUGGGCAUGCGUGACCAACCCGUCAACCGACUGAUGUAGUCCAAGAACGCCGUUCUAGGCCUGGUUUGCCAUUGUAAUGAAACUUACUUGGCCGGGCAUUGCUCGCACGGAGCUUGUUUCCUUGGCUUCUCUUUG